AUUUGUGCAGCUGGGCGUCAGCAUGUCCUUUUCAAAGGCUCCUCUGAAGCGAUUCAAUGACCCUUCUGGCUGCGCACCAUCUCCAGGUGCUUAUGAUGUGAAAACUUCAGAAGCAGUAAAAGGACCAGUAUCUUUCCAGAAAUCACAAAGAUUUAAAAAGCAAACUGAAUCACAGCAAAGUCUUAGUGGCAGCAGUGAUACAACUCUGAUUGCUUCUGCAAAAAGGGCUAAGACUUUGAGAACAAAGGAGUCACCAAAAAAUGACAAAGCUUUGAAGAUGUUGAAAAAAGAGAUUCGAGUCCUGGUGCAGGAGCGCAGUGUGCGGGACAAGCGGAUCCAGGAUCUGGAAGCAGAGUUGGAGAAGAUGGAAGCCAAAUUCAGCACGGAGGUCAGGGAGAAAACCUCUCUGUCCGCCUUGAACGCAUCCCAGCAGAAACAGCUCAUUGAGUUAAGCAGGAUCAACGAGAAGCUGAAAACUAAGUUUUCUGAAAACAGAACACGGAAUAAGGGAGCUUGCAGCCUGGAACUGCUGAAGGUUGGCCCGCAGAGAGACACGAAGAUGAAGAACACGACUGCUAAGCAGGAGGGCAAGGAGACAAAGCUGCAGGCCACUCUGAGGAGCCAGGACGAAUCCCAAGGGGACGCCACCGGGCUGGAGGGGAAACUCAUUUCCCUGGAGAAGGAAAAGACCGAUGAAAAAUCUGAAACCGAAAACCUCUUAGAAUACAUUGAAGAAAUUAGCUGUGCCUCGGAGCAGCUGGAAAAAUACAAACUAGAGAUAGCCCGGUUAGAGGAACGCCUGGAAGAGAAGAACCAAGAAGUUUCCAGCCUUCGGCAGUCUCAGGAAGAGAGUGUUCUGUCGUCGAACCGAGUGCAAGACCUGGACGCGAGAUGCCAGCAGCUUGAGAAAGAAAAAGAAGAUCUCGUCAGUGCCUCUAAAGAACGAGAAGAAAAUCUAAAUUCUGAGCUGCAAAAUGUGAAGGAGAAGCUUGUUCUUGAAAAACAAGAACAUGAAAAACUACAGCAGAAAGAAUUGCAAAUGGGGACCCUUCUGCAGCAAGAGAAGGAAUUGUCCUCGAGUCUUCAGCAGAAGCUGUGUGCCUUUCAAGAGGACAUGACCAAGGAAAGGAGCCUCUUUGAAGAGGAGCUACAGAAAGCCCUGCAAGAGCUGGAGACGUUACAAGGAAAGGAGGAACAGGCUGAAAAGCUCGUCGGGCAGCUGGAAGAGGAAAUAAGAACGAGAGCUGCGGAACUCCAACUUCUAGAAGAAAAGCUGAAAGGGAAGGAAGCUGAGCUGGAGCGGAGCGCGGCAUCACACGAGGAUUCUGCCCGGCUUCUGCAGGAGAAGCACAGCGUGGAGGCCGAGUUCCAAAGCUAUAAGGCAUCAACGGCAAGUGAGAUCAGCGAUCUGAAGCUGGAAAACUCAUCCCUGCAGGAGAAAGUAGCCGCAGCCGAGAAGACCGUGGAGGAUGUUCAACACGAGAUAGCGACCGCCAAGAAGGCAAACGAAGAGUAUGCCAGGAGGCUUCUAGAGCUGCAGAACCAAUCGGCCCUUCAGGAGGCAGAGAUUAAGCAAAUUGAAGCCUCUUCUCACACAGCAGUAAUGGGUUUGCAGAACCAACUCAAGCAGCAAGCCGAGGAUUUUCAGAAACAGCUGGAAGACGUGGAGAGGAAAUCUGGAAAAGAAAGCCUCAUAGCGGAAUUGACUGAGGAAAUGAAUAAGUGGCGGCUCCUUUAUGAAGAGCUGUUUAAUAAAACAAAACCUUUUCAGGCACAACUGGAUGCGUUUGAAGCAGAAAAACAGGCUCUGUUGAACGAACACGGUGAAGCUCAGGAACAGCUAAAUCAACUAAGGGAUUCCUACGCUAAAUUACUGGGACACCAGAACCUAAAGCAAAAAAUCAAGCAUGUUGUGAAACUGAAAGAUGAAAACAGCCAGCUCAAAUCGGAGUUGUCAAAAGUCCGCUCUCAGCUUGCCAAAAAAAAGCAAAGUGAGGCAAAGCUUCAGGAAGAAUUAAAUAAAGUUCUGGGCAUCAGACGCUUUGAUCCCUCCAAGGCUUUCAAUCAUGAGAAAGGAAAUUGUGUCCUUAAGACCCCGUUAAAAGAAGCCAAUGCAAACUGCUGCUGAGCUCCCGUGGAUUUUCCAGGAUCGUGCAAGUAAACCUCUGAAACCCCUGUCGAAGAUGAUUUUAUUCUUAUUACUAGUCAUUGUGCUUUUGUUGCAGUUGAUACUGUCAUGUUGUAC